AUGAAGAUGCUUCUCAAUCUUCUCAUCCUUCCUAUUUUGUUGGCGGGCGCCGCUCCGAUUAGCCCCGUCCUCGCCGACACCCUUACUCUAUUCUCUAGUUCCCAGAAACUCAGCAACCUCAACAUCACUAGCUGCAGUCUGAACAACGUCUCCCCACCACUCAACAAAACAACCAUCGCGCUUUCUGCGCCAGAGACAAACGGAACACUUCAAUAUGUCGCUCUUGGACGGGGAACCCAAAACUACAGCUGCGCUGGUGCAACGACCCCAUCCGCCAUUGGAGCCACCGCCACGCUCUUCGAUGUCUCAUGCGCUGCGGCCGCUGACUCUAACCUUCUCGCCGAACUGCCCGUUGUUGCCGCCAAGAUGCCACUUGAUGCUGCUGUCCUCGCUGCCUUGACGGUCAAACGACUCACCGACUCGGUUUUAGCUGGUAAUAAUGAUCAGAAUAAUGAGAUUAUCGUAGGCCAGCACUUCUUCGUGGAUGCGACUACGCCGACAUUUGACUUCAGGCCAUUUGGGAAUCAGCAGUGGAUAGAGUCGCAGAAGCUGGAGAGCGUGAGUGCCCCGGGGAGUGCGGUCGAAGGAUCGGUGGCGUGGUUGAAGCUUGGAUAUAAGGAUGGCCUGGGUAUUCAUCAAGUCUAUCGUGUCCUGACUGCCGGUGGUAGCGCUCCAGCGACUUGCGACGGUCACAAGGGAACUUUUGAAGUUGACUAUGCUGCUGUUUACUACUUCUACACGUAA